CUCACCUUCGUUGCCUGGUACUCCUUGUUCUGAUCAUACACUCCCCGAAUCGAGAAAACAAGAGCACAAGGUCAAGAUCCAGAACAAUAGCCGAAGAUGAACACACGAGAUAACGGCCCCGGUCGAGGCAAGCCAUUCACGCCGGACAGGAGAUGCCAUUGGUUCGACAGCAAUGGCCGGCCGUUCAAGCGUCUCGAUGGCGGACUGGGCUGUCCGCGUGGCGGCAAGUGCUACUUCGCCCACCCCACGGACCUCGAGCACUGGCAAAAGGCAAAGCCUGGCGGAGAGCCUCCCCUGCACUACCUGACGGACGACGAAUAUCGCUUGAUCAUGGGCCGCCAUCGUUCGCCCAUGCGCAGUUUCCAUCCCGGGCAACGUCCGCGCUCUCCCAGCCCCGGGCGUCGGCGGUCUCCCCCGCGCCGCUUCAUCAGCCGCGAGCGCGAGAUCCCGUCGCUGGCGUCGCGCAUCCGCGGCCGCUCAGCAAGUCGCGAGCGAGAGGCCCGGCGGCUCGCCCCGCGCAACUCCAGGUCGAGGUCACCCGGGCGCGGACGGCUGCAGCGCGCCACGCCGCCGCCGCCCCGGGGCCCGCGUGUGUCUAUGGGUGGGCCGCCGCCCGAAGGCCCGCGGGGAGGGAGCAUGCGGAGCCCGGUCGUCUUUCCGAAGGCGGAGCCGGACGUAGCGAUGCGGGAUGCUACCAGGCCAGCGACGUACAGGAGAGAAGACAGUGUCGCGAGUUCACACCACCCUGCACAGCAGAAUACCCCGUCAAGAACGCCCGCAAACCACGCCGGCCAUACCACGGCACCAGCACAGACGCCUUCGGGAAAUGCAUCCUCCGUGGCGGCGUCCGCUGCCACCACCCAGUCUUCGCAACCCGAUGCUAUCAAAACUUUACUAGAAUCCUCCGCCCUACAAUGGGAACAGAUCUCGUCAGCAGUCGCCGCCGCUUCAUCUGUGCCGUCUACGAGGCCGAAGAUGACGCCACCGUCCGGGGAGGGACUAUCGGAGGAUAGAGCGAAGAUAUGGUCGAACCGCAUCGAACUGCUCGCGGCCGCAACACGGGUGCACAACGAGUGCCGGUCUAUGGAAAACGACGUACGGGACUACAAGCAGCUCGUCGAGUCAUUCAGCUACCAAUCGCUCCCGGCCGAGGACAGGACGGUCAUCGAAGGGCACAUGCAUACAUUGCAGGCGCAGCUCGCGGAGAAGUCCGAGGAAAUGAAGAAGGCGCUGACGCAGCUCGCCGAGGCGCAGUACUGGACCACGUACGGGGACAGCUCGAGUACGGCGCCGCAGGUCGCGGGCCAGGAAAUUACGAAGCAUGUCCAGGGAUUGAAGGUCUCCGUUUCGCAGCUGCAGUCGUUAUUCACCACCGUCGGGACGCACUGGGAGUCGGUCGCGAAGUCUCUGCAGAGCAACCGGCUGUCGAAUAUCGGGAACCACGCUAUGGAUACGUCUGGGGCGCCGCAAGGAGUUGGCCAGUCGAACGCGCUCAUCGCGGAGGUUAUCGUGCCGAAGGAACUUGAGAAGAUCAGAAACACUAUCGCGUCAUUCGACGUCCGUCUGAAGGCUGUGGAGAAUGCGGCCGCGGAGAGCAGCGAGGUCGUCGGGGAACAGAUCGACGCGCUCGUCGCAGAAAACGUCCAGGCGCUUAUGCUCGCGGCUACUGGGUCCGUACAAGCGUCGCCGCCGCCUCCGCGUCCGGCGAACGCCUUGACCGCGCAACAGCGCAAGAUGCUCGAGACACUACAGCAGAAUGCUUCGGUAACGCAGCAACAUGUCCAGCGACUAUCGCAGAAGGUGACAGAAAUGGCCACGGAGAAUGAGCAGCUCCAGGGAGAGAACGCGCAACUCCACGCCGAAAACGUUCAGCUCAGGCAGCAGCUCAGCGAGUCGAUGUCCAUCCAACAACCUGCGGGCAGCGAUUCUGCCAAACUGGAUCAGAUGCAGUCGGAAAUGCGCGCCCUCAACGCCGCCGUGGUCGCUUAUCUUGCUCAACGCCCGGCUUCAACUCCUACCUUGCCCUCCGCGGAUAUACUGGUCGAACAGGUCGCCGCGUCACUCCCGAGAGUAAUCGUCCCGGAAUUACAAGGCCUACGCGACCAAAUACAAGAAACGCUUCGUACUCAGCAAACCCAAUUCCUCAAGGAACUAUCUUUCAAUGUGUCGUCCACUCGUCAAUCGGUCGAAGAUAUCCGCGCACUAUUGGAGAAAAUCCCGAACCAAGAAAGUACACCAACGGCCUCGGACUCGCCCAUCAAUGGAAAUGAAAUGAACGGAGAGGUUACGCAGGCAGAGCAGUGAUGGGCGUAGCACGUUAUUAGUCUUCCACCUAUGCAUUUUGGCGUCUUGGGAAGAUCCUGUUCAUGGUGUCGCGGCGCGCUCAGUACUUUAUGACCUUACGUACUUAUGUGUUCAGUACUGUUGUACGCGUUGCUCAGAGUCCCUC